CCUUUAUGUGAACAUUCAAUGUGCAAUCAUCAACGUUGAAUCGAACAUUGAAGGUAUGUACUUAGGUACCUAGACAUCUUAAGCAUUCAAGCAUACCUAGUACCUAAUACAAACGUUGACUGCUACACUUCGUUCACUCUUCUUUAAACAUCACCAACGAAUGAGAUCAAGCUUACACAAUAACCUCCAUACCUUUCUGGAGUGUCUUCAAGGACACACGAAGACUCUGGAGUAUGGUGGUUAAAGAAUCACAUGCAUUGAAGAAGACAAAAAGUGACUUGCAGAUCAGGAUUGAUUUAUCAACAACAUCCCAAAGUCAAGGCUAGGGAGCUAGCCAGUCGUCGGACAACAUGGCCACCCAGCCGGGAAGUCCCAUGACAUGUCCCAGCCUGUCCUUUGAACCGUACCGUAAGCACCUAUCUUGCGUUUCCAAAAUGGAGGCGGCCAAAGAUGGCAUCCUGGCUGAAGACUCCCCGAUAUAUGUCAAGUCGUACGCCAACCUCUUCUAUCAGGUAUUGGCUCUUAUUGGCUAUGCCCCUGCGAAGUUUGUGGCCGUAAUGAUAUUGGGCAUGGCCAUUGCUUCCUGGCUCGGAGGCCUCUUAGGUGUUGUCGGUUUCAUUGUGUAUCGCCACGUGGCUCUAGUGAUCCAACGCCGUAGAAAGAUAAGAGAUGGAUCGUACUUGCCCGGUCAGUAUGGGCUCAAGAAGUCGACGGAUGUCCCUCAUUACACCUUGAUUGUAUGCGGAUCAGGUGGCCACACGGGCGAGAUGAUUCGAAUGUUGUCACGCAGCAUUCAGCACGAGGCCCUCGCUCACCGACGAUGGGCCGUCGGCCGCGGUGAUGAGUUGAGUUUCAGUAAGGUCAUAGACUUCGAAACCCGUCUUUCGAUGAACUUCGCCUCGAAAGGCUGGGAGCCUGGUACAUUCGAUAUUAUGUCCUUUCCCCGCGCUCGUGCCGUCCAUCAGAGCUGGCUCACCACACCCUUCACUGCAGUCUUGUGCGUUGUGGAAAUCAUCCGCAUUCUGCUUGAACAACCCUCUGGCAAAAGUAUCGACUUCGCGUAUCCCGGCGUAGUCGUUAGUGACGGCCCAGGUUCCGGAUUCCUGUUCAUAUUAGUCGCCCACAUUUUGAAGGUCUUGCAGCUCGUCCCUUCGGAUUACAUGCAAACUAUCUUCAUCGAAAGCUGGGCCCGAGUGGGCCGUCUAAGCCUCUCUGGACGUCUGGCUGAUCUCUUGGGGAUUGCCGAUAUGUUUAUCGUCCAUUAUCGUCCCCUUGCCCGGAAGAAUCACCGAGUCUUUAGUCAGAACAUGAUCGCGAUGCCGCGAAUUCCCACCCUCCCGACGGAUUAAGCUACCGCAUACUCGCAUCACGAAGGUACCAAAGUGCGUACCUAGACUCACUCUGCAAUACCUACCUAGCAGCUACAGCAGCUAACUAUCUCAUAGUUUGGGCAUGAUGAGGCACAUUGAUAGCCACCUCAGCGCAGAAUACUAUCAGCGUUAAUACUAGCUAAUCGGGAGGGAUUCCUUCGUGUGUCUUAAUGAUGAACCGAAGGAGGUCAUUAUGUGGACUAACGGAACAGGUCUUUGAGGACCAGUGCUACGUGAGGCUCGCUCAUAGUUAUGGUAGUAAAACACGAUUAAUUUCCCAUGAA